AUAAGAUCGCUACCGAAUCAUGGCAUGACUUCGAGGUUGGUCUUAUUGUGUUCCUCUCAUUGCGAUAUUUCUCGCCGAGAGAACAUAGGGCUAAUGGAUACAUAGGUCGGAGGGAUACGUGCACGUGGAGUUGAGCGAGUCCUAGAUGUCCGUCAAGGUGAGCUGUGUUGGGUAACUGGCACGAUCUAUAUGGAAAUGCCACUGAAACCCAAUGUUCUUGAUGAUAUAUCAAAAGAGCACUGGAUUGCAGCGCCACCAUUGCGACACAAGUAUAUCAAAGACGACGAUGGAACAAGGGUCAUGGUGGAAGACGAGUCCGGCCGGCUGCGUCUCACCGGAUCUUGGCUACAAUCAGAGCUGCUAGUCACAGGAUGCAUCGUUGCAGCGCUUGGUACUGAGAAUGCAGAUGGCGAAUUCGAAGUCCUUGACACGAGGAUUGCCGACCUUCCCCGCCAGCCGCAACGAUGGGAGCGUGACGAUAUUGACGAAGGCAAAAUCAAGAAAAAUAGACCAAAUUGUGGAAAGAUUGCCGUGGUGAGCGGACUAGGGAUCGGGGACGAUUCUCUUUCCCAAUUGCGGCUCGAUCUCCUGACAGAAUAUCUCCUCGGCGAGUCGCUAGGCGACGAAGAGCAGACGGAGGCAACGAAAAUCUCGCGGCUCAUUAUUGCUGGCGAUACUCUAGCGAAUUCCUCGACAAUACCCUCACGAGAACAAGUAGCAAUCCGAAAAACGACGUCAAAAACGUACGGCUAUGAUGCAACUGCGUACAAUGCCGCCCCUACCGAGAACCUCGACUCCUUCCUUUCCACCUUGUUGCCUUCACUACCCAUCACCGUCCUUCCUGGAGCCAGUGAUCCGGUGAAUGUAUCCCUCCCACAGCAGCCACUUCAUCCUGCGCUAUAUCCGAAAGGCCGCGCAUAUUCGAAGCUCCCGAUCGACAAGGACCCUCAAGCCGGUUGGCUAGAUGCUGUCACCAACCCCUGGGAAGGAGACAUUGACGGUUGGCGAUUCCUCGGCAAUGGCGGGCAACCAAUCGACGACAUAUACAAGUAUGUCAGCACUGAAGACCGGGUCCAGAUGAUGGAACACAUCUUGCGGUGGCGUGUGAAUGUCCCGACUGCGCCUGAUACGUUAUGUAAGUUUUCUGGGUGGUUUCAAUUGCCCUUCCAGCUCUAACCUCUCGCAGGGUCUUUUCCAUUCCAAGACGACGAUCCAUUUAUCAUCAACGACUGCCCACACGUCUUCUUCGUCGGUAACCAACCGGAGUUCGAUACGACAGUGAUCGAAGGGGAGGCUGGCCAGUCCGUGCGCUUGAUCGCGGUUCCCAAGUUCUCCGAGACUGGGACAAUCGUGCUGAUCGAUUCGGAUACUCUCGAAGCCGAG